AUGAAGGCCACUUCUUAUUUUCCGCUGAUUCCGCUGCUUUUGCUGCUUGGCGGUGCCAUCGUCUGCAGCGCGAAAAAUGAGGUGCUCGGCCAGCCAACAGUCAGUUGCUCAGCCGACGCGAUCUACGUGAAAAUCCGCACACGCGAGACAUUCGCCGGCCACAUCACCGUACGAUACGCGCCGAAUACCGUGUGCUAUCAGGUGCUCGUGACGAACAACCAAAUCGAGGUCCUGGUCCCCCAUCAGGAUUGCGCGCUCCCGCGCAAAAGGCUCCACUCCCCGGAAGGUGUUGUCGUGUCCGCCGAGUUGGUCGUCUCCUUCCACCCCGAUUUCUUGACGAACGACGCCCUCGUCUACCGGUUCGAAUGUCGGCAUACACGGAAAGACGACGGGAAACUUGAAGCUGGCACCCAGCAGACGGCACUCACUGAAGACCCUCAUGCUCAUGAUGGACCGCUUUGCCAGUACAGGAUAAAAAGCUCGCAAAACGGCCAUCCACUACACUCGGCCUCCAUUGGUGAUGUGGUUUUUCACGAGUGGAGCUGCCAAAAUACGGGACCGGAUCAGUGUCUUCUUGUAAAAGAUGCGGACGGGUGUUCCCUGGAUCAAUACGUACUGCCGCAGCUGCACUAUUUUGAUCAUCGCCUGGUCGCACAAAACGUGUCGGUAUUUGGCGUGGCGCAAAGACCGGUCGUCUUUUUCGAAUGCGAGCUGGCGCUCACCGAACGCGAUGAUCAUGGGUGUCAGCCACCCGUAUGUGGCAAAGAUUCGACGGUCCAUAGACGAACCCCGAGGACCCUCCACUCGAUUGAGGCACAAUCCCAGCGGCUCGAGAUUUCGGAAAUGCACAACCCGCAUGAGACCGAUGAUAUGGCCCGUUCCCUCGACAUGGCGCUCGUCGAAUGUGCACAGCCGAACGAGAAGUCGAACUCGCGCCUCGUCUGCCUGUCGACACUAUCGCUGGCUCUUCGCUCCAAGAUCAGAAUUGAACAAAAUCGUCCAAAGCCGAUUGAUCUCUUGAUUAGAUACAUUGACUACGCGGAAGAGCCAAGUGAUCUUUCGGAAAAGGAGAGACAAGAAGAGUUUGAGCUAGAGGAACCAUCCAAGUACAUCCGGGGUUUAUCCUAUGGCGAUUAUGAAGACCUCUUCGAAGACUUCAAGAUUUGCAAGCAAAUCGAUGCCGGCAAAAACGCCGACUACUGGAGUGAUAUUCAAACGUUGGCUGACGAAGAAUUCCGAAAACUGAAGAACACACGACAGCAAAGCGCCACGCAAGCCGUCCAGGGUGACAUCGACAAGCGAAUGAAGGGCAAAACUAUGAGCGAGCUGAUCGCCCUGAAAAACGAUGUCGAGAAGAAGCUCCGCCAACGGGAUGCGACAACCAUUGUGGCCUAUUGGGAAGAAAUUCUACAAAAGCUUACCGCACACAUCGCAAAACAACGAAUUCGUGAACUCCACCGGAAGAUGCUGGAUUUGAAGCUGCGCCGCAUCAAGGAGCAGAUGAAGGAUGAGAAUGUCGAGGAGGCUGAAGAUGUCAAGCCGGAGCCAUCUGAAAAAGCCGCCGCACCAUCGCGGGCAGAACGGAGUCGAAGUGGCACGCCGGAGGAUGGGCACGAAAAAUGGAACAGGCCGAAGAUCAACCUCGAAUCUCUGGAAGACCCCGAGUUAGAUGAGCAAGAACGGGAGCAGAAAUGGAAACAGUUGCUGCCCGAGGAAUUGCAAGAAGCGACCGUCGAUCUUUAUGAAAAGGGCGGCUACUCGCCUACGUAUGGCGACCCAGACGACGCAAUGCCCGGAAUCGAGGUGUUAUACGAGGCGGACGACAUGGCGAAAAUAUUGGAGCGGCGCGAGAAGAAUAGGAAAAAGCCGGAAGUUGGAGACGACGCUGACGCUGCCAUGUUGGCUAUGGCGCGACGAGGGAUGGACAAGGAUGAGGGAACGUUCAGCGUUGAAGUGCCGAUAGAAGCACAGAAGCACCUCUGGUCGGACAAAUAUCGUCCCCGUAAGCCCCGAUAUCUCAAUCGCGUGCAAACCGGUUUCGAGUGGAACAAGUACAAUCAAACCCACUACGAUGUCGACAAUCCGCCACCGAAGGUCGUCCAGGGCUACAAAUUUAACGUCUUUUAUCCCGAUCUACUCGACCCAACGAUCGCACCAAAUUUCAAAAUCUACGAAGACGCUGACCCGGAUUUUGCGACGAUUCGUUUCAAGGCCGGGCCCCCGUACGAAGAUAUUGCUUUCAAAGUGGUCAAUCGCGAAUGGGAUGUGCUCCACAAAAACGGGUACAAAUGCCAAUUUCAACAAGGCGUCUUCCAGCUGUGGUUCAGCUUCAAAAAAUAUCGCUAUCGCCGC